AUGGAGACGGUGGGAAUACAGGCUCGGGUGUUGAUCUUCUUCAUGGAAUUGGGCAUGCGAGCUUUGUGUUUGUGGUGGUGGGUGAUGUGUGGUCAACGACGAUUGGGGUCCGGUAUCGGCGGCGACGUGAUGACCCUAGUGGUGGCUCUUGUUUGGAGCUCAAUUCAUGGCCUUGUUUUUGGUGACAGGUCUGUUCAGCUCACUUUCGCGACGAAAGAGAUUGAUGUAACGGAAUGGAAAGGGGACCUGCUUGCGAUUGGUGUUACAAAGAAGGACUUGAGGAAAGAUCAGAACUCGAAAUUCGAAAAUCCGAUGUUGAAGAAGCUAGAUUCUUGUUUGGGUGGGGUGUUGGUUGAGGUCUCGACUAAGGAGGACUUCACAGGAAAGUCUGGCCAGUCUACGGUUAUUAGGCUUCCUGGUCUUGGCUCGAAGAGGGUUGGCUUGUUUGGGCUUGGACAAUCUGCUUUUGAAGGUCUGACUUUUGACAGUGGUGGCUACAACAUCAAGACAGGACCUGGCUGUUCAAUUGAGCUUAUGAAGGUUGAUAUGGGAGGUUCAACAGCUGUAUUAGGUGCAGCAAAAGCCAUUGGUCAAAUCAAACCUUCUGGUGUAGAGGUUCAUUUCAUUGUCGCAGCUUGUGAGAAUAUGAUAAGUGGAACAGGUAUGAGGCCUGGGGACAUUGUCACAGCUUCUAAUGGAAAGACCAUUGAGGUCAAUAACACAGAUGUUGAAGGCAGACUGACUUUGGCAGAUGCAUUAGUAUAUGCAUAUGGGAUUCCGCAUGUCAGGGAAAUGUUUUAUCAUGCAUUUAAUGGGUACAUGGACCAUGCUUUCCCACUUGAUGAAUUAAGGCCUCAUUCUUGUGGGGGUGAAGAUAGCCUCGGUGGAUAUGCCCUAACUUUGAUUGAUGCUUUAGAGACACUAGCUUUACUUGGUGAUCGGGAAAGCUUUGCUGCCUCUGUUGAAUGGAUUGGUAAAAACCUUCAGUUUAAAAUAAAUAAGACGGUAUCUGUUUUUGAGGGGGCUGUAGCCAGAGGCCAAAAUGUCAACAACAUUUAUGGGCUGGUUGCAGAUGAACUUGUAGAAGAGUUUUCUGACCCUAUCAAUGGCGUUACAUCCCCUGUUUAG